AUGGAUUAUAAUCCAUAUCUUUAUAUUCAAGCAGCAAACAAUAGUGAAUUCAAGAAGAAUGAUGGUAAAAAUUUUAAUUUUCACGCAAUUAUCAGAGAUGGCGAUGGUAGUGGAACUGUUACUCUUUUUUAUAAAUUCGAUAGUUAUGUACCCAGUCAAUAUAAUCAAUUUCCUAUUUCCAAUAAUGAAGAAAUUAAUUUUGGAGCUUAUCUACAAAUUCCUAGUAACAUUCCAGAAAGUAAUAGUCACACGAUAACUAUGUUGGCAAAAGAUGAAUCAAACAAAAUAUCAUCAAUUUUCAGAUAUAAUUUCUCAUAUAUGUAUAAUUCUCCUGUUCUUUCUAUUACAUCUCAAACAAACAUUAACUUAUAUCGGACAACAAAUAAAACUAUCACCAUAAGUGGAACAAUUAAUGAUACAGAUCGUGCAGGGAGUGUUACUAUCUAUUAUAGAUUUGAUGAACAAGAUAUCAAAACAUUAACAAAUGGAAACAUCAACUCACAAGGUACAUUUUCAUUUUCAGAAGAAGUUAAUCUUCCUACAAUUUUAUCAGAAGGCAGGCAUAUCAUCACAGUAUGGUGUUAUGAUGAAAAAAACAAACAAACAAAUACAGAAAGAAUUGUGUUUAUUUAUUAUUAUAAUAAACCAGAACUCACAAUCACUUCACCAAUAAAUGAACAAUAUUGGCGUGGCAAUAACAAUAGUAUUCAUGUUGAAGGCAAAGUUGUUGACAAAGAUGGAUUUGGUAUUGUUACAAUUAAAUGUUUCAUUGAUGAUAUUUUCAUUCAAAGCAAUGAAUAUCAAAUUUCAAAUGUAAAUCCUCAACCAUUCACAUUUGAUUUACUAUUCCCAUCUUAUCUUAGUGAAUCAACUCAUAAACUUAUUAUUACAGCUGUUGAUGACUCAAAUAAAGCAGAUACAAAAUUUCAAUUAUUUAAUUACAAAUAUAAUCCACCAGUUCUUUCUAUUUCAGCAUUAAACAAUCAAGAGUACAAGAAGAAUGACGGUCGAUCAAUUUUUAUUGCAGGCAGUCUGCGUGAUGAAGAUCGAUGUGGAAAUGUCACUCUUUUCUACAAGUUCGAUGGUAAUUAUGAAUCACAAUCGAUCAAUUAUCCAAUCAAUGACACAUAUAUUCACAUAUUAAAUAUUCCAGUUCAAUUUCCAUUAGAUUUUCCAGAAAGUAAUAGUCAUACAAUAACUAUCUGGGCAACAGACGAAACAAACAAAAAUUCAUCAAUAUGCAAAUUGAACUUCUCAUAUCAAUACAACUCACCAAUUUUCAAAAUCAAUAAUCUUACUCAUCAUAAAUUCAUGCGUCUCAACACUAUCAAAAUCAACAUCACAUAUGAACAUAUCGACAAAACAUCUUUAUCUUCACUAUAUAUAUCAUAUGAUGAUGAAUAUAACAUUAGUUCAACACAAACCAUUUCAACUCCUUCUAAUUUCAUUGAACAAUGUUGA